AUGAGGGGUGGUGGUGGAUGGUCGCCCUGUCUGCGAGCCCUGGGUGGACAAAGGGGCUUCCGGAAAGAGAGGAGGAGGAUGGCCAGUGGGAAUGGGCUCCCCUCAUCCUCCGCCCUGGUGGCCAAGCGCCCCUCCGCCCUGGGCCCAUUCCCCAGACACACCUGGAUCCACCAGGACACACCCCAAGACAGCUUAGACAAGACUUGCCAUGAAAUCUGGAAGAGAGUUCAAGGCCUGCCCGAGGCCUUGCAACCCAGGACCUUGAAGGAACAGCUCUCCACCCCUGUGGCUGGGACUUCAAGAGACAACGGACUCAGCUUCCAGGAAGAAGCUCUGGAGCUCAGCCAUGACAAAGAUGAGAUAUCCCUGUUGGUGGAGCAGGAAUUCUUGAGCCUGACCAAAGAGCACCUCAUCUUAGUCACAGAGACCUCUGGGGAGCUGGAAGUACCCAGCACUUCCCCUGAGGGGCCCAGACAGCCGGCUCCCUGCCUUCUCGCACCUCCCCCACUGGCAGACAGCAGUGAGUACCCAGGAGCCACCAUCCUUGCCGCCGACACCCUUCUGGAUCCGAAGGUGGCCAUGUCCGUGAUCAGCAGCCGGCAGGACUGCGAUUCUGUCAUGUCUACAGUCACGGGCAUUCUGCGUGCUGCCAAGGUCAAGAGUGUUAAGGGGACAGAAGACGGGGGCCACAUCCUGGGCGCCUCCAACUCGGAAAUCAACAAGCUCCUGGCGCAGUUCCCCCUGAGGUCCACAGAGGCAGCUAAGGCUCCUGACAACAAGGUGGUGCUGGAGGAGACCAGGGCCAUCAAAGACUUCCUGCAGAACAGCAUGUUCCGUGGCCUGGGACCCAGGGAACCCACAGGGCUGGGCCCCUUCCUCCUGCUGCCUCCCCCACCUCCCGCACCCCCUGACAAGCUUCCUGAGCUCUCUGCUCAGAAGAGGCAGCUCCCAGUGUUUGCCAAGAUCUGCUCCAAGCCCGAGGCUGAGUCCACCGUGGAGGGGCACCUCUUAAUGGAAUGGAACUCUGGCAUCAAGGAGCCGACCAAGGGUCGAGAGAGCCUCUUUCUCAGUCAGUGGCCCCAGAGCCGGAAGGACACCUGUGGUGAAGAGGGGUGUAGUGACUCAGUGGGCUCCGUGACCACGGCCCUACCAGCCAAGAAGCCUGCGUGGCCGGCCGAGAAGAACCUGCUCUAUGAGUUUCUUGGGGCCACCAAAAACCCAAGCAUGCAGCUAAAGCUUCGCAGCAAAGUGGAGGUGGACGGGCUGGAGUUGAAACUUAACCCACCUGUGACGGUGGCCGACAAGAGCAACCUCAAGUACACAGGGAAUGUUUUCACCCCACGCUUUGCUACAGCCUUGACCUCAGCCACCCUGAACCAGCCACUCUGGCUCAACCUGAACUACCCGCCUCCUCCUGUGUUCACAAAUCACUCUACCUUCCCGCAGUAUCAGGGCCUAUACCCGCAGCGAGCAGCCAGGAUGCCCUAUCAGCAGACCCUGCAUCCCCAAAUGGGCUGUUACUCCCGACAGGUGACACCGUACAAUCCACAGCAGAUGGGACAGCAGAUUUUCCGCUCUUCCUACACUCCCCUGCUGAGCUACAUUCCCUUCAUCCAGCCCAACUAUCCAUACCCCCAGAGGACACCUCCAAAGCUGUCCACCAAUCCCCGAGACCCUUCCCCCAUGGCAGGAGAUGGGCCGCAGUACCUCGUCCCCCAGGCAUACGGGUUUGGCUCGACAGCUGGCGGGCCCGUGAUGAACAGCCCAUAUUUUUCCUCCAGUGGGAAUGGCAUAAAUUUUUAG